CUCGUCACCGUCGUUUGUUUGUUUAAUAUGGCGCCGGUGAAGCAGUAGACUUAUAUGUGCAAAGUGUAUUUUCUUAGUUAAUUUUUUUGCGUGAUUUGCUGCUACUGAUUGUAGAUUUUUGACUUGUUAAAUUUUAGACAUAUCCUCUAUCAAAAUGCAAGCUGUCAGGUCUUCCUUGAGAAGAUGCCUUUCUCAAUGGGAUGCAGUCCAAAACUGCUGCGGCACUAUUGCUGCAAGACACAUGUCAGCAGAAGCUAUGCCAGCACCUACACCAGAUAAUGCUCCCAAAAUGUACCCCCUCAAAAUUGAGAAAAUUGUUGACGAAAUAGCUGGCCUAACUCUAGUUGAAGUAGCGGAUCUGUCAGAGCUUUUAAAGAAACGUUUGAACUUACCUGAUGCACCUGCCAUGCCCAUGGGAGGUUUCAUGCCUGUCGGAGCUGCUGCCGCUGCUGCCCCAGAGGAAGCCAAAGAGGAGGCGGUAAAGAACUCAUUUAAUGUGAAAAUUGUGAAGUUUGAUGAGAAACAAAAAGUUGCUCUAAUUAAAUGUGUCAAGGGUCUCGUAGAGGGCAUGAACUUAGUCCAGGCCAAGAAAUUCAUUGAAAGUGCCCCUGUUGUACUCAAAGAAAAUAUAGAAAAAGAGGAGGCAGAGAAACUUAAGGCUGAAUUAACAGCAAUAGGCGCUGAAGUAGUUUUGGAAUAAGGUUUCUGCUAGUUAAGAAAUAAAUUUGUUUGUAGUUAAAAAUGUUGCAUUUUGAAUCAUGCCUCGCGACUAAAAAAAGUAUAAAUCGUUCCCUGAUUGGUGUUUCUGGAAUGAAAGAAGUUGUGUUCAGCUAAAAGAUGAAUGAAUAUGGGCGCAUGAAUGUAUGUGUAAUUUGUCAAUAAAUCACACAUUUGUAACUUUCAUAA